UUAUUCAUUGAGUCUAAUGGCCCCUCCUCAAAUAAAGAGUAGUUGAUAAGAAAGUGUCUGGCUCGCCCAUUGGCCAUUUCAGUUGAAUUCGAUUCACAGUUCAAUCAUCUGCGAUUCUAAAGUCUUCAACAAGAUGCAGCUCCAAGAUGGUUCUGUUAGUAAUAAAGUUAUCAGCUUCACACACGUCUUGGCAUCCUUCGCCGGAAUAUUUGCGGAGAAGUCAAGGGUUGUUACUGUUAGAGACCAGAAAAUCGUUCCCAUCAUAGAUACCACUGGUUCUGGUCGUGUUGUAAGGCUUGAGAAGUUCUCUCACUAUGUUGGUAGGCAAAUGGGAUUCGAAGAUUGCAGCGAGGUUCCAGAGCUGUGUAGAUUGGCACACGACUAUUUAAGAAAACCCAAAGAGUGUGAGGAGAGCAUCUUUGAAUAUCUUGCCAAUGAAACGGACCCUAAUUUGUACGGGAAAUUGAUUGAUGAGUUUGACCGAUGCAUCCUCAGUUAUUUCGCAUUUCAUUGGAACCAAGCCUCUUGUAUGAUUAGCCAGGUAUUGAGUGUCGAGUCACCGCAGAAAAUAGAGCUCAGAAAGAUUUUAUUGGCAGCUACAAGGGAACAGAGGUUUAAGAAAGUAACCGAGAAUCUGAAGGUGGCAAGAGUGUUUUCUACAUUGGUGGAAGAGAUGAAAGCAAUAAAGGGUGACUCGCAACGUAUGGAUGACACUGUCCCCGUUGCCCAUAGUGAGAGGAGUCCAGUGCUGCUGCUUAUGGGUGGUGGCAUGGGAGCUGGAAAAAGCACAAUUCUUAAAGACAUUCUUAAAGAAUCAUUUUGGUCAGGAGCACCUUCAAAUCCUGUGCUGGUAGAGGCAGAUGCUUUUAAGGAGAGUGACGUCAUAUAUAGAGCCCUUAACUCUAGGGGUCACCAUCACGACAUGCUUCAAACUGCUGAACUGGUGCAUCAAUCUUCCACUGAUGCUGCAUCAUCUCUGCUAGUGACAGCUCUAAAUGAGGGUCGAGAUGUGAUCAUGGAUGGUACCUUAUCAUGGGAACCUUUUGUGGAGCAGACAAUUGCUAUGGCAAGAAAUGUUCACAAGCAUAGGUACCGAAUGGGGGUAGGGUAUAAAGUAACCGACGAUGGGACAGUUAUUGAAGAUUACUGGGAGCAAGUAAUAGAGCCAGAAAAGGAACAUCAAUCAGAGGAAAAUGGUAAUGAAGAACCACAAACUCGAAAGCCUUACAGAAUUGAGCUAGUUGGUGUGGUUUGUGAUGGCUAUCUUGCAGUUGUUAGAGGCAUUAGGAGAGCUAUUAUGACAGGGAGGGCAGUGAGGGUGAAUUCACAAUUGAAAUCUCACAAAAGAUUUGCUGAUGCAUUUCCAAGAUAUUGCAAACUUGUUGAUAAUGCCAGGCUCUAUUGCACAAAUGCUGUUGGUGGUCCACCAAAGCUUAUAUGGUGGAAAGAUGAUGAUCACAAUCUACCAAUGGAUCCCGAAGGUAUCAAAAGCUUGGAAAUGAUAGGUAGUGUGAAUGCUGAAGCUGAUUCCAUCUACGAACUUUACAAGGAACCCAGCCCUAUGGGACCUGGUUCUGUUUGGAAUGACAUUGUUCUUUCACCUCUAAGGUCUAAUAAUCAAAAGGAAUUAAGGGAAUCCAUCAAGAAAAUAGAAAAAUCCAUCAGAAAACGGUAAUAUUGUUGCAUGAUAUGUUCCUCCCGAAGCCAAGUUUUGGAGUUUCUAACAACAUAUUCGAGUUAUCUCGUUUUGUUGUUUAUCUUCUAUUCCUAUGGUUUACCGACGGAAGAAUAUGAGGAGGGAGAAUGAUGAGUACUGCAAUGAAGUCGUUUUCUUGGCAUCAACAUGCAAGCCAACUGUGUCAUUCACGGUUAUCAAGCUUGCCCAUGUACAAAUGUAUAUGUAAAUUAUUGAAACGUGCUUAAUUGGAGCAUUUUUUAAUCAAAUGUGUAUAAUUUCUGAUUGAAUCAAGGAUUGCCUUGUAGCCAAAACAAGAACAAAAAUCCUGGCAGUAAACUCCGACAUUGAUGUGUGUAACUAUGUUUCUGUCGUUGAAGAGGUUAAAAGUUC